AUGCUUCAUCUCAAAAGAAUGGCAUCGACCCAAGCUUGGAAGCCCCGUUACUUCGACAUUGGCGUCAAUUUUUCAGAUGCCAUGUUCCAGGGAUGCUACAACGGCUCGACAACGGCCAAACAUCCGCCCGAUGUUGAACAGGUGAUCAAACGAGCACAGCUCUUCAACGUGAGAAAGAUGCUAAUCACAGCAUCGUCCAUUGCUGAGAGUGAAGACCAUUUUACACUUGUACGGGAACAUUUGGGAGCUUUUGGAUCUACAGUAGGUGUACAUCCAUGUUCAGUGGCACAAGAAUUUUAUGGUGGCUUGGAAAAUGAACUGCCUUUGGCCGACGUACAAGAGAAAUUGGCCCGCUUGAAAGGUUUAACAGAGAAGGGCGUUCAAGACGGACUAGUCAAGGCAUUCGGAGAAAUUGGCUUGGAUUACGAUCGUUUGCACUACUCUUCUGUUCUGCAGCAGAAAGAAAUGUUCCGUGCUCAGUUACAAGUGGUUGCGUCGCUCAAACAUUUGCGUUUGCCGUUGUUCUUACACAUGCGUAGCGCUUGUGCUGACUUUGUGGAGAUCAUCAAGCCCUUCAUUGAAUCGGGAGAUAUCGAGAGAGGAAAUGGCGUGGUGCACUCGUUCACAGGAUCUGCGGACGAACUUUCCGAGAUCUUGAAGCUUGGUUUCUAUGUUGGAGUCAAUGGUUGUUCGCUCAAAAGCCCAGAAAACUUAGAGGUGGCUAAAUUAAUCCCCAAGGACAAACUUCUCAUUGAAACUGAUGCUCCAUGGUGUGAGAUCAGAAAGAGCCAUGCAAGCUACCCUUUCCUUUCGCCAUACCCGAACUUGUACUACCCUGAAAUAACCGUUCCUUACAAGGAUAAAGACGAAGAACAAUCACAGCUGGUAGAACCAAAAAAGGGCCAGAAACAGCAAAAACAAAAGCUGCAACAGAUCAAAUUGGAUGAUAUGUUGCCGUUCCCGUCGAUCAAAAAGGAAAACUUCCACAAGCAUAUGUCACUUGUACAGGAGAAGCUAGAAAACUUGGGGGAAAACCCAAAUGGUUUGGUUGGCGAAUUCGCAUAUCCUUUGAUGAAAUCUAGAAACGAGCCAGUUUUUGUAGGAAGUGUGGCCGAAGUCAUGGUACACUUAUAUGACUUGAAGGACAUCCAAGAGAUCCAGAACUUCAUUGAUUUGGUUUACGAAAAUUCGUGCAAUUUAUUCCGUCUAUAA